CCAUCGAAAAACAUAAUUAGCUGCACGCACUACGUACACAAGAUCACAACAUAAUCUAACCAAAAUGGCUUCUUCCAAGCCUCACCUCGGGCUUGUCUUGUCCAUCACUUGCCUCCUCUUGCAACUCCUACUGGUGGCGGCGAACCCGCCGCCGCCGCCGCCGCCGCUGCAGCGGCCGUCGUGCGACAAGUCCGACAGGGAGAUGAGGUUCAUGUUCUCGCAGUGGAUGUCCAAGUACUCGAAGCGCUACUCGUGCCCGGAGGAGCAGGAGAAGCGGUACCAGGUGUGGAAGGCCAACACCGACUUCAUCGGCGCCUUCCGCAGCCAGACGGAGAUCUCCUCCGGCGUCGGCGCCUUCGCGCCGCAGACCGUCACCGACUCCUUCGUCGGCAUGAACCUCUUCGGCGACCUCGCCUCCGGUGAGUUCGUGCGCCAGUUCACCGGGUUCAACGCCACCGGGUUCGUGGCUCCCCCGCCCAGCCCGAGCCCGAUCCCGCCGCGCUCGUGGCUGCCGUGCUGCGUCGACUGGCGCUCCAGCGGCGCCGUCACCGGCGUCAAGCUCCAGGGCUCCUGCGCGUCGUGCUGGGCGUUCGCGGCGGUGGCGGCCAUCGAGGGCCUGCACAGGAUCAAGACCGGCGAGCUGGUGUCGCUGUCGGAGCAGGUGAUGGUGGACUGCGACACCGGGAGCAACGGGUGCGGCGGCGGGCGCUCCGACACGGCGCUCGGCCUGGUGGCCUCCCGCGGCGGCGUCACGUCGGAGGAGAGGUACCCGUACGCGGGCGCCAGGGGCGGCUGCGACGUGGGCAAGCUGCUGUCCGACCACUCGGCGUCCGUGUCCGGCUUCGCCGCCGUGCCGCCCAACGACGAGCGGCAGCUGGCCCUCGCCGUGGCAAGGCAGCCGGUGACGGUGUACAUCGACGCGAGCGCCCCGGAGUUCCAGUUCUACAAGGGCGGCGUGUACCGGGGCCCCUGCGACCCCGGGAGGAUGAACCACGCCGUCACCAUCGUCGGCUACUGCGAGAACAUCGGCGGCGACAAGUACUGGAUCGCCAAGAACUCGUGGAGCAGCGACUGGGGCGAGCAGGGCUACGUGUACCUGGCCAAGGACGUGUGGUGGCCGCAGGGCACCUGCGGCCUCGCCACCUCGCCCUUCUACCCGACGGCCUGACUCUGACAACGCCGCCGCGUUCGCGAGCAUGCGUGCGUGCCCGGCCGGCUUUGUUAGUGUCCAUCUAUCUACCUGCCCAUCUAUGAGAAACGGACGGCUCAGAUUGAUGCGUCCAUUUCUAGUUUCUACCGUCCAUUCUGACAAUGAAAUUAUACAAGAGAAAAUAAACCAAUAAUACAAUUUUCUUCUCUUUCGAUCAAUAAAUCAUCCCACUCUGAAGUCUGAA